GACUUGGCCGCGUGCUGUGAGUCCAGCCCCUCCCUGUCGAGCGCCGGUUGCUGGUCCGCUUACCUCGGACGGACAGCGCGCGCGGGGCACAUGGAGGGGGGGAGGAGUCACGUGGGCGUGGCUUCCUCCGCGCGCUUCAACGGGCGUCCCAAAUACCUCAGGACGGGACUGGCUUCCCCCACUUCUCUUCCUCCUGCCAUUGGCGUCAAGGGAGGAAGAUGAGACGGCCGGUCCCGCUGCUAUGGAUGGUGUCAGGGCUAUUGUUGCUGUUUCCUCCCGGAAAGGGGGACUCUGAACCUCAGUGCAAUUUGUAUGCUUUACCUGGAUGCCCAAGAGACUUUAAUCCAGUCUGUGGAACUGAUGGAAACACAUACCCAAACGAGUGCAUUCUUUGCGCUACAAACAGGGAGGAGAAAAAACAUGUUCAGAUUUCCAGGAAAGGUCCAUGCUCCUGAGACAAGCUUCAAGAGAAGACAGUAGAUAUGUAACCUACUGAGAAGUGGAAACCAUCUCUUAAAAGUAGCUUCCGAACAGCUAAAAACAGAAACAAUCCUGUUUAGCCCUUAUCCAGCUUCUGACUGUGCUUAAUACAGCUGUUUUAUUCAAA